AGGGAAUUAUUCAAAGUUGAUCUUGAGUUGGGUUUAGUGGUGAAAUUAUUCGUUCAAAAAAAAAAAAAUGAUGAGAAAUUUUGGGUUUAUUUGGUCGGUUGUGGUGGCUACAGCUGUAAUGGCGGUGCCUUUUGAUAAUGGGGUGCAAAACAAUGAGAUUAAUGAGGAUUUCGUGAGUGGACUUAACAACUGCGCCUACCAGUCCGACUCAGACGGGAUUUUAACUUGUGCUACUGAGCGCAUUGUGAGAUCCAUUGACGUUCUCAGUUCUCAAUCAAACAUCGAUAUUCUACCAGGGGUUUCCCUCAUUGGGGAGUCAACUAGUUUCCGAUCUGGAAAGAGCCUAAAAGAAGAAAUUGAAAAAGCAAAAUCUGGAGAAGCCUCAAUGUUUGAGUUAAUUGGAAACGCCACCGCCCGAUUCAUCUCUGGACGAACUUUGAAAGUGAAACUUCCUACCAGUGAAGAAAUUGGACGUGCCCUGGAAGAAGGAAGAAAAAGGAUGGGCGGUAACAAAAACAAAAAUGGCGGUAUGCACAUGGGCCUUAUGGGUGGCCUGGGAGCAGUUUUCGCUGGACUAGUACCGAUUUUCCUUGGAAAAAUCGCCCUGAUCACCGCCAAAGCCUUAUUCGUCGGAAAAAUCGCUUUGGUCCUCUCCGCCAUCUUGCUCUUCCAAAUGUUCUCCAGAGGAGGCAAUAAACAUCAAACGGUGGAAACAUCUUGGAGCUCAGCUCCCCAGGUCUCUUAUGGUCCACCAUCAAACUCUUAUGGCCCACCAGCAGCUUCUUACGGAGUACCAUCCGCCCAGUACCCGUACUCCAGGUCGCUCACCGUUAAUGAGGAGGAACCGAAAUAUAGUCAAGAGUUGGCUUAUUCGGCUCAAAGAAAAUAAGACUUUUGUUUAUUUAUUAUUAUUAUUUAUAUUAUUAUUUAUUAAAUGUCUGUCUUUAUUUUA